CCCACCCCCACCCCCAUGGCGCCGUCGCCCCCCACCGCCCCCAAGACCAUCGCCGACUUCUUCGUCCGCCCCGCCAAGCGCCUCCGCUCCGGCGCAGCCGGCACCGCCGCCGCCACCGUCGUCGUCCCCGCCGCCUCCCUCUCCCCCUCCUCCGACCACUCCCCGCUCUCGCCGGAGCAGCGCCGCAGGGCCGACACCAACCUCGCGCUCGCCCGCGCGCGCCGCAACCUCCGCCUCGCCGAGUCCAAAGCGGCCGGCGGCGCCGCGAAGCUGGAGGAGCUGCUCGUGGAGGAGACGUGGCUGGAGGCGCUGUCCGGGGAGCUGCGCAAGCCCUACGCGCUCGACCUCUGCCGCUUCGUCGCCCACGAGCGCCUGCACGCCAAGGUGCCCGUCUACCCGCCGCCCCACCUCGUCUUCCACGCGCUCCACACCACCCCCUUCCACGACGUCAAAGCCGUCAUCAUCGGCCAGGAUCCAUACCAUGGUCCUGGUCAGGCCAUGGGAUUGUCGUUUUCAGUACCAGAGGGGAUCAAAAUUCCUUCCAGCUUACAAAACAUAUUUAAAGAGCUGCAUAAAGAUGUAGGGUGUACUAUACCAUCUCAUGGGAAUUUGGAAAGAUGGGCUGUGCAGGGUAUUCUUAUGCUCAAUACCGUGCUAACAGUGAGGGAACACCAAGCCAACUCACAUGCGAAGAAAGGUUGGGAGCAGUUCACUGAUGCUGUCAUCAAGACAAUAUCACAAAAGAAAUCAGGAUUGGUCUUUAUUCUGUGGGGAAACUCAGCCCAAGCAAAGAUAAGAUUGAUUGAUGAAACAAAACAUCACAUUCUAAAAUCCGCCCAUCCGUCAGGCCUGUCUGCAAACAGAGGAUUCUUUGGAUGCAGGCACUUUUCGCAGACGAAUGAGAUCCUGGAGAGGCUCGGGCUAUCCACCAUCGAUUGGCAGCUCUGAGGAAAACCACAGGAAGGCACCAUGUGACAUGUCUGCCCGACUGACUGAUAACCAGCCACCAUUAUGAUUUUAUGGAAGCUGCCUGGUCGUCUUGGUCCAUGGUUUUGGUUUUGGAGGCAACUUGAACUCGGUGCCGCUGCUGGAAGUGAAGUCAAGUGCCGCACUCGGGUCGGGCCAUACCCUAUGACGAUCUACUACUAGUGCUAGAUACGUUAUGUACUGCUGGUACCAAAUGUUGGCUCCUCCAAAUGGUUUUGGCCGAUUCGGUUGUCGUGUAUGAGUAGUACGUGCAACUGCUCUGACGGACGUAUAAUUGGAGUAGUAGUAGUAGUAUCACAUAACUCAGCCGUGCUGUCCUUGUUUAUUAUUGGGUGCUUAAUUAAUUAACUUGUACUAGUAGUAGUACCAUAAAGUGAGAUCGAUCGAUCCCUCUUAGAUUU